GUCAUUUUCACCGACUUAAAACCCUUCGACUGUUUAGACAGCUGCUGUGUCACGGUGCUAGCUCGGCCUGUGCGGCGCAGUCUAUUUAAUAUUCAUUAAAGAAAGAAGCUAAAACAUCACGAAAUGGCUGGUGCGCGUUCUUCUGAAUGGAAGCAGAAAUGCGAGAUGAUCUGGAAACUGAAGCAACGCAAGGUCCCGGCGCCGGACUCCGUGGACUGGAAGACGGUGUUUGAAAAGAAACCCAUUGAACGGAACCUGAUUAAAACUCCGGCGCCCGAAGGUCUAUCGCACACCAGCCCGCCCCCAAAGCAUGAGUUUGGCGGGAUGAUGGGUUCCCGACCCCCCCAGUUUGAACCGGAAGGUGACUUCACAGGCUGGAAGACCAGCAGAGAAGACCUCCCCCUGGACAGCAGUGGAAUACCCCCGGGAGCUGUGGUCUGCCACCUGCCCAACUUCAGCUGGUUCACUCUGGAGCAGAGAAUUGACCUGAAGGGGGAGGGGCUGUGGGAGGAGCUACUGGAUGUCUAUCAGCCUAACAUCAGCAUCCAGGACUGGUACGAGGACAGCAAGCUGCAUGAAGAGGUCUACCAGCUGCAGGUGAGGCUGCUGGGGGCGGACGGGCAGACUGUCAUCCAAGAAUUCAAGCUGAACCCCAAAAACGACACCGCUGGGGACCCCGAGCGCUGGCUGGAGGUCUCCCACGUGUUUCGUGGGUACGGUCCGGGGGUGCGGCACCUUCACUUCCUGCACAGAGUGAAGACGAUGAGGAUGAUGGAUUUCAUGGCUACCCGUGUGACGGACAGCUCUGUGCUCGUCAAACUGCGAGACUGAGACACGCAGCUAACGGCGUCUUCAAAAAAAAAAAAAAAACCCCUUCAAUAACAAAUAUAUUACACAAGCGGGGGAGCUCGCGACGUAGGCAUAGCUGCUAAUAAAUUGAUAAACAGACUCAGUAUUACGAUGCCUGGAGGUUUACAUAGUAAGGAAUGGUAGAUCGUUACAUCAUUAACUGUGCAGGAAAUGACAUCACAAACACAUUAAUGGAUUUGAAUAGAAAUUAGCGAGUGUCGUUGCCAUGGCAUCAAAAGCCUGCAAGUACCUUCCACGGUUUGUUUUGAAAUGCAAGAUGGCGCUUUUGAGCAAAAAUGUGUGUGAGUGUGUAUUUUAUAUAGAAUUACACACACACACACACACAGGGAUAUACUGUGUAAAGCUAUGCAUUAUUAAACUUUUCAACUAGAAA